AUUCACCGUACUACCGCUCUAUAAGUUAACUCUGACGCAACUCACUCCUGAAUUGCACUCCUUGCACAUAACAUUCACGACUACGAAAUGGCUGCUCAACCCCGCUGGUUCCAAGCUCUUAACGAUGCUCUCAGUCUCCCGGAGAACAAGGGCAAAAUUGUGUAUCAACUAGCGACAACCGACUUGCACAACAUCCCGCGCGUCCGCUCCCUCCAGCAUCGCGACUUUCUCAUUCCGAAAGGACUACCUUCUGUGCCCAUUAUUUUAACCACCACUGAUAUACGCACGCCGAAGGUUCCCCAGCUCCUAUCCACCCCCACUGUCGAAGUCGUUUGGUGGUUGGACGGUACUCAAGAGCAGUUUAGGAUUACCGGUAAAGCCACCGUGAUUCCCUCACGCGAACAUCCUUUGCAUCGCACGAUCGACAUUCCUCAUGACAGCGCCCUCGCUGUUUUGAAUUCAGAGGGAGAGGAGUCCUCACCGGGCAAGUACGAUUGGGAGAAGAAACGCAGAGAGGUCUUCGAUUCCAUGAACUCCCUCAGGCCCGUCUGGGCUCGGCCUCCUCCUGGCACUGUCUUAGAAUCCUAUGACGAUGCAAAGGCGUGGCCCGUUACCCUUCCUAAACUUGCAGAGGCCGAGACCGAAGAAGACAAGAAGAAUCUGGAGAUCGCCAUAAGCAACUUCGCGCUCCUGUUGAUUGAACCAACUGUGGUGGAUUGGGUGCAGCUUGGAGUUAAGCCCGAUCGGAGAACCAAGUUCACGAAAGAGGGGCAAGAAUGGACGGAGCAAAUUCUAGUGCCAUGAAUUUGAAUGGAAAGCGAAACAAGGACUCUCGGUGUAUGCAUAACUGUACUUGUAGCGUCGACAGAUGUAUCAUUCUGUCGAUUACUUUCGGACUUGUUGUAAUUUUAGUUGAACUCAAUCUGAAAUUGUUUAC